AUGGGCAUUGAUGGACUGUUGUUUUCGUCCAUGCUGGAGAUGGCUGGAACUGACUGCCGAAAUGAGCUGAUUGCCCGCUACAUUAAGCUGAGAACAGGGAAAACGCGCACAAGGAAACAGGUGUCUAGUCACAUCCAGGUUCUGGCAAGGCGGAAAGCUAGAGAGAUCCAAGCCAAGCUCAAG